CGAGAUCACGCACAGAGCACAACAUAUAUUGCCGGAAGAGACUACUGCUAAAGGAGAAUCAAGAAGCGAGUGAACACGAACAGCAGAAGCAGCUACUGCAGCAGCGUGAGGCGAUAGGACAAGAUGCCACACAGUUGUAUAUAUCCUGGCUGCGGUUUAAAAGCUAAAAAGUUCCAUCCAGAGUCGUUCUAUGAUCUGCCGUUUCGAUACAAAGACCCGGAGCUUCUACAACAGUGGCUUGUCGUUCUCAAAAUGGACAUCACAACGCCACUCGAGACGCUAAAAAAGAAGCGCUACCGUGUCUGUAGCAGACAUUUCUAUGAUGACGACUUUUAUUAUCCAAGUAAAGUCAAGGACCCCAAAAAGUCGACUAGAGCUCUUCUGAAAAGGAACGCUAUUCCACGAGUGGGACCACCGGCAGCGGACAUAGUAGAGGCUGGAGAGCAACAGUCUGGUCAGGUGGUAAUUGACAUAUCAGACAUGAUUGGACUACCUCAAUCUACCCCUACAAAGAGCCAUGACACCAGUGUGAGACAGUCCACAUCCAAGAGCCUGUCCUUUGGCCUACCAUUAACCCUGACGAGUCCAGAACCAGCUGUGGUUAGACCACGUACCCAGCGUUCUCUGUCUGGCACAUACGUGGCCCGCCCUCCAACAUGGAAUCUUUCUGAGGAAUUGGGGGCUACAUCAGCAUCAUGCCUUCUCCCUCAUGCUGGUGCUGUAAUCAUUUCACAAGAAGAAGAGGAUUCUCUUCAAGAAAUGAGUACAAGUUUUGGAGAAUGGCGAUUAGACGACCCAAAGGAUGACCCUAAGGACGACAGCUACAAGCCACCAAGUGACACCUCCCCAUCAGACUCAGGCUCGGCCUCUACAUCCAGCCAUGGCUCAAUAAAUGGAUGGUCAGAGAGAAAGUGGAUAGUCGAAUCGGAGCAUAAUGCAAAUGUUUCAAACUUGCUGCCUUUGUGGAAUGCCCGUGGCAGAGAGGAAAUCAACCAAACACGGUAG